CGGAGGCUGCGCACGCGCUUUUGAUCCGAGCAUCGGCUAGAGACGCCGGCAGUCGCGCGGGAAACUUCGCGGCAUUCGGUCGGGCUUACGGCCGUGAGCAACUCUGUGAAAUAUAUUCCUCGAUCAUAUUUACGAUAACUCACAUUGAUUCGUGCGAUAUCGACGAGUACCGUGAUAUAAACUGUGAUCAUAAACUGAAGUGGUUGAUGGACACUGCUGCCAUAAUGUCUGGCUAAAUAUUUUUUGUAGAAAAACAGUGAAUUAUUAACUCUAUCCAAAUGAAGAUGACUGUGAAUCGUAUAAGGGUGGUGGUGCUAGGGAGCCCGCGGAGCGGCAAGUCUGCGGUGGUCGUGCGUUAUCUAACAAAGCGGUACAUCGGAGAAUAUAGCUCGACAGGAGAUUUCCUUUAUCAGCACAGAGUGGCUUUCGACGGUGCCGUUUCAGAAGUUGAAAUACUAGAUACAUCUAAUUGCGCGAUUCGUGGCUGUUUAGCAGAACACGUGAGAUGGGGCGAUGCGUUCGCCGUCGUGUAUUCAGUGUGUGAGCGCCGCUCCUUCUUAGCUGCAGCUGAACUGCUUUCCUUACUGGAGCGCACGAGACUGCCCGGCUGCGCUGCCGUCACCCUCUUAGGGAACAAACGUGACCUCGAACACGCCAGGGAGGUCCAUGCAGAGGAGGGUCAGGAGCUGUCGCUGAGAUUCGGUUGUCAGUUCUACGAGGUGUCGGCGGCAGAGUCGUGCGCGGGCGCAGCGCUCGCGUUCCACGCGCUGCUGCGGGAGGCGCGCGCGCUGGCGCUCUUGUUGCCCGCCCCCAGGCGAAAGCUUGCUGCCUACUCUGUCUCUAAAGUAAUUGGCACGAUAUUUGGGAAAAACAGCAAAAGUGUCAGAAAGAAAAGGCCGUCGUUGAGCAUUUAAUGUAUAUUUAAUUUAUUAUUAAUUCACUUACAGACUGGUUUGUAAAUAAUUAAUUUUAAUUUAAUUUUAAUGUAAUGUAAGGUACCCAUGUUAUGUCAUAU